GCAAAUAAAAUUACAUAAAAUUACAAAAUCACCACCUAACCGCAUGCGAUUUAUUAACAUGAGUUUAAUACGCAUUCGAGGGAUAGUUUUUAGUCUUUUAGGGAUAACAAAAUAAAAUUAACCCAAAACCAAAGGAAAAAAACGCAAAUCUUUCUUUCUUUUGAAAUCCACUUAAGCUAUCCCCACCAGCAAAUUCCAUACGACUUGUGUGGUAUGUUUUGCCUCAAUCUAAUAAACAUUCAACUUCCGAUUUUCGAAUCUCCCUCCCACUAAAUCGACCACCCCUUCCCCAACAAACACUUUUUGCCAAAGUUUUUUUUUCCUUCCAUCUCUUAAUGUACCAGUAUGGCAUCAAGAACAUUUUCCCACUCCGCCACCGCGGUUCCAUCCUCCGGCACCUUGAACACUCCGUACACGCACACAGCACCUUCGAGCAAGCCUUCUAGAGGCUCGGCAGGACUCAACCAAGCGGUCAGUUAGUGUCGAUUCUUCGUUAGCACCGGACGAGUCGCGGAGACCGUUUUGCGUUGCUUUGUGGCAGGGCAGGAGACAUUAGCCAGCAUCGAAACCGGAACUAGCGCGUCUCGCUUUGGCCCAGCAAAGGUUGAGCGUGAGUUGACGCAAGUGUGGUGAUAAAUUGUGAUUCGACACGGCGAUCUGUCGAGCGUUUGAGGCUGUCCAACGCAGCGUCCGAUCAGACAGUUUUCCAAGAUCGGCCCCUAAACCACAACAAAACGGCCACGAGAUGGAACGGAAUGGACGGAUGGUACUGGUCGGUGUGGUACUGGUCGUUCUGCUAGCCCUUGCCGAGUCAAGCCGUGCCGAUGUCAUUGCAGGGCGCGUUCGCCGUCAAAGUCCGUGGCUUCAUCGGUCACCGAACACAUUUGCGCUUGGCAAGAAAUUCGCGCGGAAUCGACCACUGUCGACGGGGACAACGGGCGCCUUGGAAACCAACACGGACUGGGCGGAGAAUUCGGUGGAACGGGCCCGACCCGUACAGACCCGUCCGUUGGAACUUUCGGCGGAAAUUGACAGUAAGCCAGCGCCAAGAUCGAGAGCCUUCUACGGUUGUAUGUCCAACUGUCUUACACUGUCACAGUACAAUCCGGUGUGUGGAACGGAUAACACCACCUAUCACAAUCAGUACAAACUUGAGUGCGCCAAUCGGUGUGGAGCAAAGCCACGAGUUGCCGUGAAAAAGUCGGGCAUCUGCUGAAGACACUAACCACCGUUGACGCAUAAAGAUUGCGCGAGUCAUUUGCAUCCACCUGAUCCAUCACACCAAGCAAGGCAACAAGGCACAGGGAGUCGUAAGGAGUCGUUCCGGAAUGGUACAGGGAAAUGGAAAGUGAACUGAGCGGAAGCGCAAGAUUUCUAAUUUAUUUCUAGGUUGUAGCACGGGGCGUAGUAGCAAAAAAUACGGCGGAAAAAAGCAUAAUAAACAAAAUCUUAAACCUUUUACCAA